UUCAGUUGGUGUUUGAACAGCAAGUGCAUCUGUGCUUCUCUUUCAAUAGAAAAAUGUCCAGACUACUUCUCAUAGCAGGUGUGUGGUUGGCUCUUGCAACCAUCACCUCUUGCAGACUGGUGUGUUACUAUGACGGAGAAGCAGCCAGCCGAGACUCCACUGGAAGAUUCACCCCAGCUAAUAUUGAUCCAGAACUGUGCACCCACCUCAUUUAUGCUUUUGCGGUCAUUGACAAUCAGAAUAAGCUUGUGCCUAUUAAUAACAACAUUAGUCUUUAUAAAGAUCUGAACAACCUUAAAACGAAGAAUUCACAGCUGAAAACUAUGCUUGCUGUAGGCGGCCCCAAUUUUGAUAAUCAAAAGUUUUCUACAAUGGUGGCAGCAGCGAAUACCAGAAGUUCAUUUAUUACUUCAGCCAUUGCACUAAUUAAAGACAAUGGGUUUGAUGGCCUCAAUCUGGACUGGCAGUAUCCUGGAGAUGGCCAGCCACAGGACAAGACUCGAUUCACAAGUCUCUGUCAGGAGCUCAGAACUGCAUUUCAGGCAGAGAAUCCACCCUUGCUUCUCUCCGCCAGUGUGUCUGCAGUAAAGGCAAUGAUUGAUAAGAGUUAUGAAGUCGCAAAGAUAGCCUCUGAAGUGGAUUUCCUAAAUGUUUUGACCUUUGGAUUCCAUGACACAUCAGAAACGAAGACAGCACAUCACAGUCCUUUGGGAGCCUUAACUGCUGGGGAUAUUCUGACUACGGAAUAUGCAAUGGCAUACUGGAAAAAUCUUGGGGCGCCAAAAAAUAAACUAAACAUGGCAUUUGCUGCUUAUGGAGUUGCCUUUACUCUCACUGAUCCCAGUAAUAGUGGAGUUGGUGCCCCUGCCAGUGGUCCUGCAGAGCCAGGCUGCUAUGGGGGAACGGCUGGGAUUUGGUCAUAUUACGAGAUUUGCCUCUACAUUAAAGGGGGAGACUUGCGUUGGAUUCCGGAGCAGAGCGUUCCUUAUACAGUCACAGAAGGGCAGUGGGUUGGAUAUGACAACACUACCAGUAUUGAUGCUAAGGUGAAACAUAUUGUGGAUAAUGGUUAUGGGGGAGCGUGUGUGUGGGCUCUGGACCUGGAUGACUACACCGGACAGUUUUGUCAGAUCGGCAGUAACCCCUUCAUAAGCCACCUGAAAAGCAAACUACCAGCUACCACUACCACCACCACCACUGGAGGAGAUGUCUGCAAUGGAAAAACCGGGCUCCACCCCAACCCAGAGAACAAUACCACCUUUUAUAACUGUGAUCACGGCACUGGAACUCUACAAUCUUGUAAUGCAGAUUUGAUUUUUUGUGACUCAUGCAAAUGCUGUAACCGUCCAUCCGCCUGUUGAAAAUGUACUGGUGAUAUUUAAACAACAACUGGAUGUCCUGUAAGACUUAAAUGGGUUGUGAUUGUUCUCAAGGUUUUUAAUGUAUUGAUUAUAAGUUAUAAUAUCAUAAUUUCAACUUCUAUAUCCAAUCACAAAAUGUUUUCAAAUUAUAUCAGUGCAAUAUAUAUUUUACUAAGUUGAAAUUUUAAUAAAAUUACACUAAAUCACAAUGUUGUGUCCUACGCUAUUAGACCACAAAAAAUAUAACACCGACUAUUUAAAGCUUAUGAGAAUAUUAAUGAUGUAAGGAGGUAGUGAAGUAAGUGAAAUAUUAUCACCAACAAAAAUAUAAAAAGAAAAGGUGUCAAACCUGAGGAUUCCAGAAUAAAUAUCAUAAAUAAUAAACAAGUAAAUUCACAGUUUUGCUGAGGAAGGUACCAUGUCUACAAAGGUUUGAGAUAAGUAGUCGUCCCUUCCUGUGUAACUACAACAGGUAACUAAGGCUUUGCUAUUGGAUAAACAUCAUUACAAGAUUGCCAUUGGAAAAGGGGUGAAUGCAGCUCUUCUCUUCAAGAUAAUUCAGGGAAGACAGUUGCCAUUUAUUUUUUUAGAAGUCUAAUCAGUACUGUAAUUAGACAACAAUGACCUCCUACCUGCUGUCCCUGUCUAAUCAGUAAGUAAAAAAAAAAAGAAAAAAAAAAAA